AUGCGACCCGCUGGCGGGAGAGUAGCCGAGGUGCCGCGCGCGGCGCAGCCGAUCUAUGCCUACAAGGAGUUUGACGACGAGAUGGAGCACUCGUCGGAAAUCCCGCCCGCCAACGACUAUGGCGUCAUGGCGCAGCAGCACGAAGAGGAGUACGAGUACAUGGAGCACGAAGGCGAGCUUCCGGAAGACGCACUGUACGAUGAAGAAGACGAGGAGGAGUACGACGAGGAUCUUGACGAGGAAGAGCUUUCGUCGAGUCCUUCGAUCCCCGACGAGAACAUCAACUUUGACUUGGUGUAUGCGCUGCAUACCUUUAUUGCUACCGUCGAUGGGCAGGCGACGGUGCAAAAGGGGGACCAUCUUGUGCUACUUGAUGACAGCAACAGCUACUGGUGGCUUGUGCGUGUGAUGGCCUCGCAAGAAGUCGGCUACAUUCCCGCCGAAAACAUCGAGACGCCCUACGAGCGCCUCGCGCGCCUGAACAAGCACCGCAACGUGGAAAUCACCACUGCAACAGAGAAUGACCAUGACCAGGUUCCCAUGGACCUAUACAGCGGCCACCUCGUCAAGUCGCGCUCGCGCGGCGCGGUCGAUGUCCAGUCUGGCAAGCCAUCGGCGCUUUCGCGGCGCGACCGCAGCGGGCGUCCCGAGCAGAGGCGCUCGGAGCAGCGCAAGCGCGGUGUGCUUUUCGGACAGUCGGAGUACGUCGAGCACAGCGGAAACGAGGCGAGCGACGAGGAGUAUGCGUACGAAGAGUACGACGAAGAAUACGAAGAAUACGACGAGUACGACGAGUAUGCCGAGGGAGUGUACGAGCAGGAACAUGCGCGCUCGCCACUUGGGGACGGGGCGGAGCAGGCCGGUCUUCAAGCACGCUCACCUACUGCUGCAUACGACGCAGAAGACGCACGCGCGCUGCGUGCCCAGAGCACCACACCCACAGCGCCCGGCACAUUUCCCCUUGCCGCUGAAACGUCGCCCAAGCUGGCAAGCGACACGAUCCAGCUCCGCCAGCGCGCGACGCCGUCGCCACGCAUCUCGCCGUGCCCUGCCCCAUCUGUCAUUGGCCUCUUCGCGCCGGACGCGGUGCCUGGCGACAGUGCUAUUCCCAUGGAAGGCAAUGCGCGCGACUCGGCAAUACGCUCCGACGAAGCGCGCCGCAGCCGCCCCGGGAGUCUCGUCGGCAUUGCGGGCUCCGUUCCCAUGUUCAACGUUGUGCGUGUCUUUGCCGGCGAGAAUGUCGAGAGCGCCGCGACGUUCAAAACUGCGCUGCUGAACAAGACGACUACAUGCACGGACCUUGUGCGCCAGGCCAUGCAGCGAUUCAGCGUCGAAGACGAUCCUGCCGACUACCUGAUUGUCCUCCGCCGCAUGGACGGCCAGGAACAUACGCUGCUGCCCCACGAGAGCCCCCUCCAAGUGCUCGAGUCCAUCUCGGAGGGACAGGAGGGCGAGCGCUCGCCCAACCGCCCGCGCGACAGUAUUGGAUCGAUCGCUUCUUUGCUGCAGGAUGUCUCUGUGGAGCGCGCUACGUACGACUACAGCGACGACCGGUUCGGCAAGUUUUACCUCAUGCGCAAAGGGCCCUACUUUGAGCGUGCGGAAACAAGUCCUUUCAACGACCCACACGACUCUCCCAGCAUGCACAAAUUCACCGUCCAACUGGCGCUCUUUCCCACCGAUCUGCCCGAAGGCGUCGUAUUUGACCCACAGACCGGCCUCGCGACGCACAACGAACCUGCGCAGGCCAUUCCCGCAUCGGCCAAGCCCCAAACGCGCUUUUUGCGCUUUGCACGCAACGCAACCGUGGCGGACGUAGUCGAGGCGGCCCUCGAGGCCUACCAGGUCACCGAAGGCGUCGUCGACGGCGGCGACAAUGUCGAGCAGCGCGGCGCGCGCGGCAGAGUUACCUACGGCCUCGCGUCGGUGAGCGAGGCUGGCGAGCAGAUGCUUGCGCCGACCAGCAAAGUGCUCGCCGCAUACGAUACACUCCCCCUCUUUACGCCCGAGCUGCGGCGCACGAAUCUCGAUAUGAUGAGCCCCGGCGCACAGGAGGACUUGCUGGCCUCCGAUCCUUUGUUUGUCCUCCGCCGCGCACGCUCUUCUCCGCGCGCCGCCGCAUUCAGCCCAAUUCCCGAGCUGCACGGAUGGGGCACGCCCGGGCUUGCCUUUAGUCCGUGGCUCGGUAGCGAGCUUGACGGGCCUCUUGGCGAUACGCGUCCGAUCGCGCCGCGCGCAGUGCCCACGGUGCAGUUCAACAGCGAGCAGGGCGUGGAUCUCGUGAUGCGCAACGGCGUGCGUCUUCGCAGUGCGCGGCAGCCACACGCGCCCCAAGUCCGUUACUCGCUGCUUUCCCAAACGGGCAGCGAGCAGGACGCGAGCGAAGCAGUGCACCAGGUUUUGUACGACAUCACAGCCAAGCACGGCGCGCGCGACGGCGAUCUCCUCGAGUGCUUUGUCGAGCAGUUCCCCUCGAUGGAAGACGCCUCCAUUUCAGAGCACAUUGACAACAUGCUGCGCCACAUCACAGAAUCGUCGGGGAUGCGCGCUGCCCAACAAGCGCCGCCACCCCCCGCCGCAAGUUGUGCCGCCGCGGUUCGCGCCGCGCCGCUGAACCGCUCUGGCUCUUUGCGGAGUGCAUCCGCGAGCGACGCGGCUACCUCGCGCAGCUCUGCCGCACGCACUGUGGAGCGCACUGCGCCUGCAGACCGGGUGGUCUCCGACACCACCGCAGCGACCGGCACGGGCCGCAAGCGCGAAAUGUACAAUAUCCAUGCGCUGUACAGUAUUGUCGACGCACUUGUCCUCGACGCAAAAAGCGAUGCAGCGCUAAACAAGUCACACCGGCGCACGGGCUCGGCGUCGUCGCAGGGAUCGCAGUCGGUCCACCGCGCAUCGAUGAUGGCUGCCAAGUUGAUGGAGGCGUCGCCGGCGGAAUCGCUCUACGCAAAGAGCAACGGCCUGCUUGCUUUGCGUUUCCCCGACUCCCAGCAGUCCAUGCUCAUGGCAACGGUGCAGCAGCAGUAUGCGCCGCACAUGGCACACAUUCAGCAGAUCGAACGCUCCCUCGAUGCACUGCUCGCCGCUGCCCUCCACGUUUCCUAG